CAAACAUGACUUCGUCGAGUUCCAACUCCGGUUGCACGCUCUCGCUACAGCUCCAGCAGCACAUGACCAUUGAGCAGAAAUACUCGCACGGAUCAGGCAGUAUCCGACACAGUCACUCUUGCCGAUCGCGUUCGCCGCGUCGACGCUCCUGCUUGCGCAAGGAAAGCGCCUUUGCAUGCGGUGGUGCUUCGCGUGGCUCACGCCUGGACGAACUGUCCACGACCAAGAUGAUCACAGUAAGCUACUCAAAUACACCCAAGAAAACGCUGUCGUUCGCCGAUCAACACGGUCAGCAUCUUGUGCUGGAGCGUGAGUUCUGUCCCAAGGACGCCCCAGUGUGCUACUCGGACGUACCGGUUGAAGUCACAUCCGAACGCCAGACCCGCCGACGUAACAAUAGUUUUGAAAUGUGGAUGGAAGAGACUGUGGCGCGACAACAUCUACUGUCCAUGUGCGUCGUUUCGCUAUUAGGCUGUGCCCUCAUCGGUCUUCGCCAAACCGCCAAGUAGCUGGCAGUACAAGUAAUUAUUGUCUGUUCAUCGGAGCGACACCAACCUAUUAUUGUAAUAAACACGUGAAACAUUCCAUCAGC